CUGCUUAUUUUAGACAGCUAUAAGAGCCACCUUAACCAGCAUUUCAAGGACUACUGCCUUAAACACAAGAUCCUAACCCUCUGUAUGCCCCCCCAUUUAUCGCACAUCCUCCAGCCGCUUGAUGUGGUCUGCUUCUCGCUACUGAAGCGCAGGUACUCCCAGCGCGUCAGAGACUUGGCACGCCAACGCGUCUUCUAUAUUAACAAAGAAGGCUUCCUCCCUGCCUUUAAGGACGCGUUUUUUAAUGCGUUCUUAAAGGCAAACAUCACAUUAAGCUUUAAGGCAACUAGCUUAGUACCUAAUAAUCUAUUAGUGGUGCUAUUAAAGCUUAAUGUUAAGCUUUAG